GCAUGUCAACACGGGACCGCGUCCGUCAGCACGGGGAAGAGAAGCACACAGACCGAGCGGAGAGCGUCAGCAAGCGCGUCGCUUCUUUAUUUCUUUUUUUUCCCCUCCCUGUUUUCUUUCUUUCCAUUUUUCCCUCUCGGUAGACUGCUUUGUGUGCGCGUGAGUCGCGCGUGCUCCCCAUGGAUGUGUCCGUGCUCUGAAGUUAACCGCGAGCGAGCUCGUGCGCUGCUGCUUCUUUGGGCUCGCGCACGGUGUCCAGGCAGGCAGGCAGGCAGGCCGCUUUGGGCUCUGUGCUCGCCGUGUGUGUGUGUGUGUGUUUGUGUGUGUCUUUGUCUUAGUGUGUAUGUGUGUUUUUGGCCGCUCUGGUCAGUGUUUAAAUGUUCCAAACGGAGGGGAGAUUAAAAAGGGCAAAAUCCGCUGCGCUGCUUUUUCAAUAAGAGGAAUAUGACCGCUUCCUGGCUGACUUUUGCACUUCUUUUGGGAACUUUUGGUGCAGUACCCAGCCAUGGAGAGGUGGAGACUCGAGAGUGUUUGUAUUACAACAUCAACUGGGAGAUCGAGAAGACCAACCAGAGCGGCGUGGAGCGGUGCGAAGGCGAGAAGGACAAGCGCUCUCACUGCUACGCUUCGUGGCGCAACAACUCGGGAACCAUCGAGCUUGUGAAGAAAGGCUGUUGGUUGGAUGACUUCAACUGCUAUGACAGGCAAGAGUGUGUGGCCACGGAGGAAAACCCACAGGUUUUCUUCUGCUGCUGUGAGGGCAACUUCUGCAACGAGAGGUUCACACACCUACCCGAUGUCAGCGGACCAGUGAUCGAGCCCCCUCCUCCUGCACUCUCUGUGCUGAACGUGUUGGUUUACGCCCUGCUACCAAUCACCAUGCUAUCCAUGGCUCUACUGCUGGCCUUCUGGAUGUACCGUCACCGCAAGCCUCCCUACGGCCACGUCGACAUCAAUGAGGACCCGGGUCCAGCCCCUUCGUCUCCUCUAAUAGGACUGAAACCCCUGCAGUUACUGGAGAUUAAGGCUAGAGGGCGCUUUGGCUGUGUAUGGAAAGCCCAGAUGAUGAACGAAUACGUAGCUGUGAAGAUCUUUCCUAUUCAGGACAAGCAGUCGUGGCAGACUGAGCGAGACAUGUUCACCACGCCGGGGAUGAAGCAUGAGAACUUGCUGCGUUACAUUGCUGCUGAGAAGCGAGGGACCAGCCUGGAAAUGGAGCUCUGGCUCAUCACCGAGUUCCAUGAAAAGGGCUCUCUGACUGAUUAUCUGAAGGGCAAUGUUGUAAGCUGGAAUGAGUUGUGUCACAUUGCUGAAACUAUGGCUUGUGGCCUGGCUUACCUUCAUGAAGAUGUGCCACGGUACAAAGGAGAAGGCCCCAAACCUGCUAUUGCUCACAGGGAUUUCAAGAGCAAGAACGUGAUGCUGAAGAACGAUCUGACUGCUGUCAUUGGCGACUUUGGCUUGGCGGUGAGGUUUGAGCCGGGAAAAGCUCCAGGAGACACUCAUGGCCAGGUUGGCACACGGAGGUACAUGGCGCCUGAGGUGCUGGAGGGAGCCAUUAACUUCCAGAGGGAUGCAUUUUUGAGAAUAGACAUGUACGCCAUGGGACUCGUGCUCUGGGAGCUGGUGUCCCGCUGCACAGCCGCUGAUGGUCCAGUGGACGAGUACAUGCUGCCCUUUGAGGAGGAGAUUGGACAGCACCCGUCGCUGGAGGACCUGCAGGACGUCGUAGUCCACAAAAAGAUGAGGCCCGUGCUAAAGGAGUGCUGGCUAAAACAUCCUGGUCUGGAGCAGUUGUGUGAGACAAUAGAGGAAUGCUGGGACCAUGACGCAGAGGCUCGUCUCUCAGCGGGCUGCGUAGAGGAACGUCUUGCUCAGAUCCGGCGCAUCGGCAGCGGCCCUGCCUCCGACUGCCUCGUCUCCGUGCUCACCUCAGUCACCAACGUGGACUUAGCACCCAAAGAGUCCAGCAUCUGAGAACGAAGGAGAGCAAUGGAAACUCUCAAAAAAAAAAUAAGCGAAAGUAACAACCUUCGUCUUUCCAGACUCAGCGGAUCUCAGACAACAAUGAAUGCAGCUGCUAUUUUAUCCUGACGUUUUUUUAAAUUAAUUAUCAUUAUUAUUAUUAUUAGUAUGAUUAUUAUUCCGAUCGGAUCAAUACUACCAGCACACUUCGCUACUGUAUUUUUAUCAAGAGAGGAAAACACAAAAGUUUAAAACAAAAAAAAGAGAAAAGAAAAAAAACAUUCAAAACAGCAUAAGGACAUCUCAAAGCGCAUUCAGGUGCCGACUUAUGAAUGCUGACAAGAUGCAGGUACCUCAAUCAUUUCAGUUCAGUGUUUCCUUUGUGUUCGUUUUUUUUUUUUUUUUCCCUUUAUAUUCCUGUUGUUCUGUCUUCUGGACAGGAUUGCCUAAGGCAAAACCAACCCACACAUCAAGCAACCGUUCACCAUGUUGGAAAACACAACAAUGCUGCAAAACCUGAGAGGAACAUUUAUGACUGUUACAUUAACCUUCCUCAAGGGAUUUUUAUUUCAGAUUUUUUAAAGAAUUUUCCUCUCUCUGACUGUGUGCUAUUCAAAUUUACGGAAAACGUGUCUUUUACGGAACUAACGGGUGUCUCUAGAACACAACAAAAUGUGGAAGACAACUGGAUUGUUUUGUUUUUGAUUUUAAUUAUUAUUAUUUCUUCUUCUUUUAUUUGGUUUCGUGCUCUUGAAGCUGGCGACUGUGAAGAGGGGUCGGUUCAGAAUUUUAUCAUGUGGAAAUAAGGAUCUAGGUUAGAGAAAUUGGCUUUCGCGUUUAGACGUGAUCUAAGGAGGCGAGGAUUUGGAUGACGUGUUUUGUUCGGUACAGAAUUAUUUCUCAGGUAACCAGUUUGGG